AUGUACCCUCUGCUCGAGAACAAUUAUUGGAAGCGUGACAGAUUGAAGGCUACCGACAUUCUCAGAACCUGGCGUCAAGACGCUGCCCGCCUUUUACCGUUUGACGAUGUCGACAACGAAGAGCUUGGAAACACAGGUGUUGAAGAGGAGGAAGAGAUAGAGGAAGACUCUGUCGAAGAGGACCGAGAUGUCCGAAGUCUUUCCCGCUCCCUACAGCAGUGUGGAAUGAACGACCAACACGAUACAGAAGAAGACACUGAAGACGUCAUUUUCGUUGCAGAACGACCCGCGCCAAGCAAGAAGAGAAAGGCGGAGAGUCCAUUGAGCCCAGUCAUUACACCCAAGAGAGCGAAGCAUCAUCAAUCCGUCGACAAGUCCGUUUACGACGUCGAGAGCUCCGACGACGACAUCAUUGUGCGCCGCCGACGGCCCCUUGCGAAGUCUGCAGGUCUUCCUAGAGUAUGGCCCGCUGGAACGCUCAUCACACCUCCUCAAAGCGACGGAUCGUCACCCACGGUCUUAGUCGACUCUGAUAGCGACGACCAGGAGCCCCUUUCGAUAAGUAGACGCCGAGAUCGUCUUGUUACCUCGACCGACUCGGACAGCGAUGAUCAAGAGCCCCUUUCGAUGGGAAGACGUCGAGGCCGUCGUCUGUUUGAGCGCAAGGAAUCGCCCAAGCCUUCGAUGGAGCGUCAGUCGCAACUCGGUCUCUCGCCCAUCCGGACCGUCGCGACUAUCGAACCAGUCGAAGCGCCCAAGGAUAAGCAUAACUGUGUUGCGGCCCUCGAGGACCUUUUUGAUUCCGUCAACAGAUCCCGUGAUCAGUUCACGGGAGAGGAGUGGAAGCAGGCGGAUCGUCAAUUGGAAGAGAUGGGGAAGCGGAUGAAGAGAAUGAGCAAGAUGGCCAAGACUAAGAGAAUGGAUAGAAGUCCUUAG